AUUAAAAUUGUUUUGCAUAAUAAUAGCCAUUAAUUUUUUGUAAUCUACAGAGAGAAAAAACUGUGUGAUAAUUGACUUGAUUUUUGUUUUAUGAAUGGAACUGAAGCAAGGUUUAAUUACUGUAAAGAUAAGUAAAUAGCUGAUUCGCCCACAAUUUUCAUCAUGGCUGGUAUAAAGUAUUUGUUACAAAAAGAAGUGUUUGACGCUACUAAUGAACGAAUUCUAUCCGUUUGUAAUGUCCAAAAGUGGCACAAAAAGAAGCGAAAUUCGUAUUUAUGUAUUGUUGCAGAGGCUCAUUCGAUUCCAAUAUUAGUUCAAGUAAAACAAAAUGCAGGUAUAUAUCGAAAAAAACGUACGUGGCAAAUGUCCGAUAUAAAAACAAUUGAUGGAAGAAACGAUUCAACGACCGAACCAAUUCAUGAAUUUGAUAUUGUUUGCGAAAAAAGUUUCAAAUGGUUUGCAGCCAAUUUGCAUGAGCGUCAAAAUUUCAUCACUGUGUUGUAUCGUCAGAUAAACAAAUAUAUAAAAGUUCCUGAAAAUCGAGCAAUUUUCGUGAAUGUUCCACAAAUAUGGCUGCAGGAGCAGUCGCCGGAGAAAAUUCAACACACUGACGAUAUGAACAAUGGUAGUGGGUCAAUUGUUGACGAAGAGAGCGAUGAAUUUGAAGAUUUUCAAGCACUCACCGAAAAAGAAGAGAAGGAAUUGAACAAAUUAAUUUCUAAUUCUAACCUGGCUAUCACCGAUGCCGAACAAUUCAUGGAACAAUUGAGUAAAAAAUUGCAAGACUUGGACGGAGCACAAGUACAAAGUGUGUUGGCCUCUGAAAAACAGGUGAAUGCAUUGAUAGAACAAAUCGAAGCAGCUAUCGAAGAGGCAAAUUUGGUCGAGGCAAGAUUUGAUGAAUACGAUGAAAUCUUGUGUCAUGUACGCGACACAAUGGAGAAAAUGGGCGAGAAAAAUACAAUGAUUGAAGUUGCGAAUACAAAUAACAUCAAACUAUUGAAUGAACUAGAAAAAUUAAUAACACAAUUAGAUUUACCAUAUCAAGAUGCAUUGAACAAGACGGAUUUGAAAACACCAGAAGGCUUGAAAGCUGCAAUUGACGCCGGAAAAGCAUUACAAACAGCAAUGAACUGUGAUAUUGAUGCGGCACUUUUACGAUUGACAGCCGUUCAAGAUCAACGCAAACGUUUUGACAAGUGGAAAGCUCAGUUUUCACAAACAAUUAGUCGCCAUUUAAAUAAUAUGUUUAUUCACUGUGCAAAUGAUUUGGGUGAAUCACAGUUGAAUGCUGCAUCAUCGGGAAGCGGUGAAUUGGUUCUGAAAAUACAUAGCGACGUGCAUAAAGCACUAUAUGGCCAAAAAGAUCUUAUGCAUUGGCUCAAGUCGAUGGAUCGUAAAGCAUACGAUGGUUUGACAAAAGUUUACACAAAUGCAAUGAGCAAACUUUAUGAGCGGGAAUUGAGGCAGUUCUUUGAUUUUGCCAAAUCGUCAAUAUCGCUACAAUUGCUUAACGAUAACGAAAUGAAUACAUCAAUUUCAAGUAAAUUCAAAAGUCCACAAUCGAAACAAAUAUCACAACCAUAUGGAAUACUUGGCAUUAGCAAAGAACAAUGGACAAAUGGGUUGGACGCCAAUGAACGUCAACGCUUUGAAACGAUUAUGGAAAAAGUGCUGACCGAAUUGGAACCAGUGGCAUUGAGUGAACAACACUUUUCCAUUCAAUUUUUCCAACUUGAUGUUCUGAGUCCCACCACAAAAAAUACACAAACUACUUUGGAUGGUAUCAUGAGCACUAGUAUCGGUCCAUGUGAUGGCAAUGAUAAAGAAGGUGUUUUGGAACCACAAAAGAAGAUGGAUCGCCAGAUCAAUGAGGAAGUUCGCCGAAUGAUGACCUCAUUAUUCAACAUUUUGGAAUCAGAGUUAAACAGUUUUAUUAACGGUUUUGAGAAGUUAGAUAGUUUUUAUUCCAUGUACGUACUGGUACGUUUGACGCAGCAUGUAAUGUCAGCACAAGACGCGCACUCGUUUUUAAGCAUGACAUUCGCAUCAGCAUUGGUCCAAGUUAAGCGAAAUUUCGACAAAUUUAUGAAUAUCCAAUUGCAGUCAAUUAUUGAGUCAAAGGUACCGCGUCGUUCAAAAUGUGGUCUUUUACCAUAUGUUGAAAAUUUUGAACAAUUUUCAAAUACUGCCGAAAAUAUCUUCCGCAAAACGGAACGACGUACUGACCUGGAUAAGUGGUACAUUCAAUUGAUUGAUGCCAUUUUUGAACACAUUCCAGUACAUGCCAGUGAACAUCCAAAAACACCCGACCAAGUAGUUCGUAUGGAAAAUUUUCAUCACAUGCAUUCACUUUUAGCUUAUUUAAAAAUAUCUUCGCUCGACGAACAAAAGAAGAUAGCCAAAGUUAAAUACAAUGAAGCGUUGCGUGCUUAUGUGACAAAAUAUUUUGGAAGACCGCUGGAAAAACUAAAUCUUUUUUUUGACGGUGUUCAACAAAAAGUUGGUCAAGGUGUGAAAGAAACUGAAAUAAGCUAUCAAAUGGCGUAUUCGAAACAAGAGCUACGGAAAGUGAUCGGUUUAUAUCCUGCUCGUGAAGUGAAGAAGGGCCUUGAAAGUCUCUACAAGAAGGUGGAAAAACAUUUAUGUGAAGAAGAAAAUCUGUUGCAAGUUGUAUGGCGCGCCAUGCAAGAAGAAUUUAUUGUGCAAUACAAAUAUUUAGAGGAACAAAUAACCCGCUGCUAUGCGAAUUCAAUGAUAACACUUGAUUUCACGAUUGAUGAUAUUCUGAAUUUCUUUUCAGAAAUAGCUCAAUCACAUUAAUUGAUAGCUUGAAGCAUAUGAUUGAAACCAGUUUUCAACGAUUAUUGAUUUCAAAAAUACUAUCAUCUAAUUAUUGUAAUUGAGAUAAUGUCUCGAAAUAACAACUAUAAACUUUAACUGUA